CGGGAUCGUCCCUGAAAGCGCGCGAAACGCUGUCGAAGUCGAGUCAGCCAGUAUCAGCCAGUAUAGUACCAGCCCAGGGUCGCGAGGCAGGUCGAGGAAAGGAUCAGGAUAUAGUUAGCUGGUCAUAGAUAAGUGCAAAUUUCAUCAACCCACUGAAGUUACAAUGAAUGGUGCCUCUAAGUCUGACGACAAUGCAGCAGAGAGGGGUGGGACUGCAGAUAAAACAUUGCCAGUUGAAACACCGCCAGAAAAAACGUUUCAAGGCAAAGAUCUGUGGGAAAUGCUGCAGAAACCACCGUACUCUAUUCAGCUUAAUCCCUGCAUGCAGGAAGUAUUUGAAACUAUGGGGUAUGACAAUGUUCAUGCACUUGCACGCUUUGGAGAAGAGGACUUCAAAAAAAUAGAAGAGUUCAUGAAGAACUGUAUGCACCGAAUUAUUAAAGCCAGAGCUGCUGAAGAGGGGAAAGAUGUGAAAGAGGAAAUGAAGGCACAUUAUGGUGUUUAUUCUCCUAUUCCAGAGGAGUAUACCAUUCUUGGUGGUUUCAAGCACACUAUAGAAGCAUGCAUUCAAGCCGCUGCUAAGUUGAACAAACCAGAGCCUGUGCCCCGAAGAAAGUCAGGAUCGAUGACAGACCAUCAGUCUUCAACUCACUCAUCGCUCACUGAGGAUGAGAUAAAUAAAAUUAUUUCAAAAGAAACUAAGCAGCUAAAAGAAAAUACUCUAAAAUGGGUGCAGGCAAAGGCACCACAUAUUUUAAAUGAAACAGAAGAGGGAGAAGAGACCGAAAUAGAAAUUAAAGUUUACUACAAUGAGUAUAAAAAAUUAAUGGCUAAAGUGAAGUGCCCAGCCACUGACUGUACGACUCUAGUUGCGCUCAAUAAACAUCCCACAACAAAGUGUUGGAAUACUGGCAACUUUUAUCGCCAUGUUACUGCAAUUCACUUUGUGAGGGCUGCUCUAGAGAAAGGCAAAAGUGUUUCUGACUUCUUUUCACCGAAGAAACGCAAGUCAGAUGAAACCAUUGUGAUUGAUGAUUUGGAGACUGGAAAUAAGUCAUCUGGAGGUGAAGGCGAUUCGGAGACUGGAAAUAAGUCAUCUGGAGGUGAAGGCAGCCCACCUAAGAAGUCAAAGAAUGCAUCUGGAAGCACUGGGGUAAAUUCAUUUGACUCUUCCUGUUCUGAUAGUUGCAAUAACAUAACUCAAGAAAAUUCAAAUUUUCAGGAAAUGGGGGAGAACCAGCAGUGACCAGCCUCCUCCAAAGACCACCUGUGAAGAAGAAGAAAGACUGGUCGCAGUAUAGUAGAAGGAAUAGAAAUGCAAGAAAAUUAGAACAAGCUGCAGAGGGUUGUUCAAGAAUUGAUGAGUAUUUUCCUAUUC